AUGAAUUCUCCAAUCUCAACAAACUCCUUCUGGGGCCCGCCAACGUCCCAUGCAAAUUUCUGCGAAGAGGAUUACACCAUGACCCGCUACAUCGCCGAAUUCAUCAACACGCUCACCAACCUGACCUACAUCCUCUACGCCCUACACGGCCUCCGCCAUCUCCCCCACCAUCCCUCCCCCUCCCUCGCCCGUCUCGUCCCAUACUACGGCCUCAUCGGCGUAGGCCUCUGCUCCGCCGGGUUCCACAUGAGCCUGAAAUAUCACACGCAGAUGAUGGACGACCUCUCCAUGCUCCUUACCACGACCCCGCUGCUCCACCGCGUGCUGACCGUCAACACCAGCGCACGAACCUCGUCGCGCGUGGCGCUGGUGCUGGGGGCCGCGCUACUGAGCCUUGCGGCCGUGCAUAUCGCGACGGACGAGCUGGUCCUCCACGCGGUGAGCUUUGUAGGCAGUGUCACGGCCAUCGGGGUGCGGACGAUGCAGCUGAUCCAGCAGCGGACGGUCCGGGGGUCUGUGGCCAGGACGGAGCUGUGGCGGUUAGUGCGGUUUGGGGCUGUGAUAUUCAACGUGGGGUAUGCUGUCUGGCUGGUGGAUGGGUGGGUGUGCCAGGUUUUGCGGAGGUGGCGGGCGGCGGUAGGGGUGCCGUGGGCGUUUGGGUUGGAGUUGCAUGGGUGGUGGCAUAUCUUCACCGGGGUGGGCGCUUACACCUUUAUCGCGGUGAUUGACUAUCUUGUCUCUGGCGCGGAGCACACGGAUCUACAGAGGUCUGUGGCGUGGCCGCUGAGUUUACUGGUGAGCAAGACACCAGAAGCAAAGGCAAAGGAAUGAGGUUACUGUCCCCCAACUCAUCAAGUUGUGCCUCAUUGUGUGGGUUAUGCAUGGAGAUGAGUAAUCUCGCAGCACCACAUAUAGCCCCACCCCCCACAUAUAGCCCCAUCCGUCCCCCACAUGCACAAGUUGUACUGGGCAUAAAAUCCAGCUUCAUCGCCCGUGGCCAUCCUCCUCUGGGCAUUAGUAAUUGCAAGACAAUUGGAACAAUAAACCCGCGGGGCCCCAGACAGAGCUCCGCCAACGCUUGUGUCCAUGUGAAAAACACUCGCAAAAGGGUAAACGUGUAAGAAACGCGCUCGGACGAGACGCAAGGUCAACGUUGAUCGCCACCGUCAGCCAACAGCCGGUCCCGCAUGGCAAAUAGGGACAUGGCAAAAACCAAUGCGGGGCCGCGAGGGCUAGCAGGGAUUCCC